AUGGCCAAUAUUUUCAGAAGUUUUUUCAAAUCGAAGAAAUCCAACAAAGCGUCAUUUGAGGGUCGAGAAUGCGUACUGCGAGAAUCACGUCGUCAACGAGUUGCAAAUAAGGUGUGUGUUUACGAGGAAAGUACAGAAGAUGAUGAACUGAUACCAGUAACAGCACCAUACCACACGAUAACAAAACCGAAGACUUAUCGAGGUCCGAGAUCGUGUCCUGGCGGUGAUAUGUUUGAUUAUCGAAAAAGAUACGAAUUGACAACGAAUGGUGGGCGAAGGGAAAGUGGGGUUGCCAAUCGAUCCUUUGAAUUACAAUAUAGACAGCAAAAUUCUAAAGAUGAGGUCGGAUCACGAAGACGCGUCUUUUCAANUAGCGCUCAACAAACAUCCGAAUAUGGCAGUGGCGAUCCUUCACCAACGAAUCGUUAUAGCUGCUCGUUUAAUCCCACUCUUGACGAAUCACAGUCCGAUGAAUCCACACUCGAGAAUGAGAAAAAUCAACGUAUUAGGGAGCUAGAAAUGAAAUUGCGUGAACAUCGAACCAAACUGAAAGAGUACAAAGAGCGAGUGCGAGCGGAACGUGAUCUGAGAAAUGUGAAUGAACGAAACAUGAUGGAAGAGAUCGAACGUAUAAAGCGUGAACGAGAACGUGAGCAAAGGGAUCGUCGAGAAAGUGAACAAAGAUAUAUCAAUAUCAUUAAUCAUUUACGAAUCAAACUAUCGGUCGGUGAAUCUCGCUGA